GUGAGGCUACGUGCAAAGCCGAAGGCGAAUUCUGCAGUAAAACAAUUUUUCAUAGAUGUUGCGGCAAACUUGUCUGUGAUUUGGAUUCAUUCGGCAGUGGAAAGUGCGUUAAGUGCCUCGAUCUGGGAAACUUUUGCUUCCACGAUAGCCAUUGGAACAAGAAAGAGAGAGUAAGAUCAACCCAAUUUUGUUCAGAGGGUAUUUACUUUCUCCGCACCAUUCAGAUGCGUUUGCGUCAGUCAAAACAGGCAGAAUCAGGUGCCUGGAAGAUUGCUAGAUAA